UACAAUAUGGCUACCGAUUUCUUUAUAGAAUGAUAGAAUCUUACGUGAACUAUAGCGUACUGGACUGUGUUGAAGAGUGUCUGAGAACUAAAAGGUGUAGAUCUGUCAAUUAUUACAAAGGCGCAAACUUUUGUGAAAUAAACUUCAGUACAAACAUAACUCUACCAGCGUUUUACAGACAAGCCUCAGGAUGGUUAUACACCGACAUCCAGUACUGGGAUGAGGUUCUCGCGGAAUCAUGUGCAGGACCACCCUGUAAUAUUAAUGAAAAAUGCAUCCCAAAAGCGUUUGGCCAAUUUGAGUGCGUUUUGUCAGAUUGUGGGAUCCCUGUCGAUAUAAUAAAAAACACCACGUGGAAUGUGCAGGACUGGGAAGGAAUAGGAAUAAGAAAACGAAUGCACAUUAAAUGCUUGGAUUCUUUCGAACAGCGAGGAUCCGGAAUGAUCGUGUGCCAUAAAAAUGGGACCUGGAUAACGGACUUGGUUUGUCAAGAUAUGUGCCCGCAAGGUUAUACCUUCUACCGAACCUCUGUUUUCACAACUUGUUUGAAGUAUGUCUCAACGGAAGUGAAUUACACGGAAGCAGUCAGCAGCUGUAAACAAGAUGGCGGAGAUCUGGUUCGAAUUGAUUCUCAGCAGAAAUUCGAUAUAUUUAAGAACCAUGCAGGACAGUAUGCAUCUUCUACUGCAAUCGAGGUCUGGGUUCAGGGCGAGAAGAUCAAUGGACAAUGGAAAUUUCAUGACGGUACACCGAUACCAGAUUUCUGUCCUUUUGUCGAGACGAAUGAGCCGGGCGAAGUCCAUAUCAGAUCUAGCAGUGAUCGGGACUAUAAAUGCUUGGACUUUUGGGGGUCUAACGUAUUUCACUACAUGUGUGAAAUACAACAUGAUUAA